AUGAAUACGAGGAUUAUGCUCUUGGGGAGUGAACUCGCUGGCUUGCAGAACGUGAAGGAGGUUGCGACUGCCCGGACAGGACCCUUUUCUCUCCCUGCACUAAAGCAGCGUGAGCUUUGUUUGGAUACAGGGUCUCGCCGUCAGGCUUAA